AUGAAGUUCCCUACGUAUUUCGCGUAUUUCACGACUGCCGGGGCACUUGUUGCCCCCGGCCAUCAUCCUCGAGCCGAUGAUGACGAUGGCACAACCACAGUAGACUCGCCUGGUCUUAGAUACAGGGCGAUGAAGACCAUUACCACCACUCUACCCACAUUAACCAUAAGUAGCUGCCCUCUACCCGAUGGUACAGGCCAUCCAGUAGGCCCAGGGGCACCGGGCGCACCGGGCGCACCAGGUCCCGCCGGCCCGCCAGGAUCUCCCGGAGCUCCUGGUGGUCCCGGAGGUCCAGGUGGCCCCGGAGGUCCGGGAGGUCCGGGAGGCCCGGGAGGUCCAGGAGCUGGCGUUCCAGGCGCUCCUGGCGCUCCCGGUGGUCCGGGUGGUCCAGGAGGUCCAGGAGGUCCAGGAGGUCCAGGAGGUCCAGGUGGUCCAGGUGGUCCACCAGGAGCCGCUCCGGGUGGUCCUGGCGGCCCAGGAGGUCCCGGAGGCCCAGGAGGCCCAGGAGGUCCAGGCGGUCCAGGUGGUCCAGCAGCAGCCGCUCCUGGCGGUCCUGGCGGUCCUGGCGGUCCCGGUGGUCCAGGUGGUCCAGGUGGUCCAGGUGGUCCAGGUGGUCCCGCCUGGAUUGCGCCUGGCGCGCCUGGCGGUCCGGGUGGUCCUGGCGGUCCAGGUGGCCCAGGAGGUCCAGGCGGUCCAGGUGGCCCAUCAGGAGGAUCAUCUGGCGGUUCACCAGGUACACCUGGCGCGCCUGGUACCCCUGGUGCUCCUGGUACCCCUGGUGCUCCUGGUGGCUCAACUGGUGGCACUACCGGUGGUACUCCAGGCGCUCCUGGUACUCCUGGCACUCCUGGCACUCCAGGUGGCCCAGCUGGUUCUUCGGGUGGCUCUCCAGGCUCUCCAGGUGCUCCAGGCUCUCCUGGUGCUCCGGCCGGCGGAAGCGGAAGCUCUCCAGGUGCUCCAGGCGCUCCAGGCACUCCAGGCACUCCGGCUGGCGGAAGCGGCAGCGCACCAGGCAGCGGAAGUGGCAGUGCUCCGGGUAGUGGAAGUGGCAGCGCACCAGGCAGCGGAAGCGGCAGUGCACCAGGAAGCGGCAGCGGCAGUGCACCAGGCAGCGGCAGCGGCAGUGCACCAGGCAGCGGCAGCGGCAGCGCACCAGGAAGCGGCAGCGGCAGCGCACCAGGCAGCGGCAGCGGCAGCGCACCAGGCAGCGGAAGCGGCAGUGCACCAGGCAGCGGAAGCGGCAGUGCACCAGGAAGCGGCAGCGGCAGUGCACCAGGCAGCGGCAGCGGCAGCGCACCAGGAAGCGGCAGCGGCAGCGCACCAGGCAGCGGCAGCUCUCCAGGCUCUCCCGGCUACCCCGCUGGCGGAAGCGGCAGUUCUCCAGGCGCUGGCUCUCCUGGUCCUGCGUCUGGCGGAAGCGGAAGCGGAAGCUCACCGGCUGGUGGCAGCAGCGGACUUGACGGAGCAGGCAACCCUGAAACCGUUCCGACAGCUGCUGCUAAUUCGUUGGCGGUCAGCUUCCUCACAUUGCUUCCACUCGUUGCCGUUUUGGUCUUAUAG